GAUGAUAAGCGAGGAAUUCUACCAAAUGUGGCUAUUAAAAGAAGUUCAGAAAGCAAUUCAAAUAUCACCAUACAAACAACUCCUAUAACAACAACCUCUACAUUUACAACCAAUUGUACCAACAUCAAGACCGAAAACAACAACAAUAACAAGUGUAGUAAUAGUAGUAAUAACAACAAUACUAGUAAAGAACAGGAUCGGUUCCUUCCAAUAGCGAAUGUGGGACGAAUCAUGAAGAAAGUCAUCACAGGAAAUGGAAAAAUUUCAAAAGAUGCAAAGGAAACGGUCCAAGAAUGCGUGUCAGAGUUCAUUAGCUUCGUUACAGGAGAAGCAUCAGACAAAUGCCAACGCGAAAAGAGGAAGACGAUUAAUGGCGAUGACAUUAUAUGGGCUAUCGGAGUCCUUGGAUUCGACGAAUAUGUGAACCCAUUAAAGCAAUAUCUUAACAAGUACAGAGAACUUGAAGGUGAAAAAUUAAAUGUUCCUAAUAAGCAGCAGCAGCAGCAGCAACAACAACAACAGCAACAGCUACAUGAUCACGCGCAUUCGCCUAGUUUGCCUAAUUACAACAGCGUAUAUAAUUCUCCCUCAGGUCUUGGUUUGCCUCAACCUUCAUUUGUGUCAACAGAUCAAUCGUUUCCGUUGCCAUUGAUUUCACAGAAUUCAAUUCAAUCCCAAUUAUCUCAACAAGAGCAGCAGAUUGACUCUGUUGGACAUUGGAAACUUCAGUUUUUGAGAUGGUUUUGGGCUCUUAAUUAUCAUUUCUUGCAAAGAUUAAUUUCCUCUUCCAACCAUAUAUAUAUAGGCGUGUGAAUUUAUUUGAAAUCCAGCUUUCGGCACUCCUGAAACUAUAGUUAUUUAAGUAGUAGCUUCAUCCUAUAGUUGCUUUGAAUAACUCAUAGUAUAGAAAAUUUAUUUGGACACUUACGGCUUGU